AAGGAGAAGCCCCCCUCUCCCUCCCCUGGAUCUCAGCCUGGGAAAGCAGGUGUGUGUUGUGGGGGUUGGGGGUGGAUAAAGGCUCCCCAAGGCCUUCAGAGCAGGAGGAGGAUUGAGGAAGGGUCUGGGUUUCAAUCCUCGGGGAUUCAAAUGAAGGUAUUUCUUGCCCUGCUGGGCACGAUGGGCUUGGGAAUCCAGGCCUUUGGAAGCGCCACUCGCUUUGUUACUCCCGCCUGAAAUCGGGGGAAGGAAAGAGGGUGAGAUUCUCAGGUGUGACAGAAUUGGGAUAUCUCACCGUUCUAGUCCUCAGUAAGGUCUGUGCCCGGGCCAUUGGCUGCUGCCGGCUGGGAGAAGAGAACCAUAGCAGACGGCCGAAACUGUUGGUGGAUGAAAGCAAAGUCGGAGAAGGGGAGCAGGGGAAGAUAGAGGGAAGGAAAGAGUCGUGUCAGGAGCAGUUAAACAGUCACUCGUUCCAGUUCUGGAAUCUCUUGAACAUUAACUAGGAAAGAGGGGACGGGAUCGCCCUUCAGCCUGACUCGGCCUGAGCCCGCGGGAAAGAGAGAGGGGGAGCUCCAGGCCAUGGCGCACGAGCAGCGGGGCAGCCCCAGCCUCCAUCCGGAGGGGCUUCAGCGCCUUUUGGCCGCCUGCCAAGAAGCCAAGCGGUUCGCCUACUGCCCCUACAGCAAGUACCCCGUGGGAGCAGCCCUCCUGACCGCCGAGGGGAAGAUCUUCACAGGUUGCAACGUUGAGAACGCCUCUUUCCCGCUGGGCGUCUGUGCCGAGCGGACGGCCAUCCAGAAGGCCGUGUCCGAAGGCCACACCAAAUUCCGAGCCAUGGCCAUCAGUUGCAACAGCCGAGAGUCCUACGCCCUUCCGUGUGGAGCCUGCAGGCAGGUCCUCCGAGAGUUCGGCCAAGAGUGGGCGAUCUACUUGACCCGGAUGGACGGCACCUACAUCCAGAAGACGCUGGAGGAGCUGCUGCCUUUGUCUUUCGGGCCGGAGCACCUGAGCUGCUAGGUGGGAAGGUGGAUGGCAGGGCAGCUGCUCGGCUUCUCCCCACCUCCAAGGGCCUCCGAGAUCCCCUGAACGCCUGGUGGGGGCCCCCCCCCCAGCCUCUGGAGCCCACGGAGGCCUAAACCUCCCCUCAAAAGGGAGGCGGCUGCACCCUUUGGAGGCUGGCAUUCCCAGCAGCUUCUCCCUGAGCAACCGGGAUUGUUAGCGUCAGUUCAAAGGUCUCCAGAACUCUUUUU